AUGAGGUUUGGUUGUUUUUGCUUUUUUCUUACGGUAAUUAUUACUCACUUUUUGUUCUUUUCACAGGAGAGAUACAAACGAGCCCUAGCUGACUCUGACAAUGUUAGAAGAAGAACACAGAAAUUUGUUGAGGACGCCAAACUAUUUGGGAUUCAGAGUUUCUGCCGUGACAUUGUGGAGGUGGCAGACCUGUUAGAGAAGGUUGAGGAGGGAGAUGGAGUACAGCAGCUGACACAAUACAUGGCACACAUACAGGGACGGCUGCAGGACAUCUUCACCAAGCAUGGACUGGAGAAGAUGAGCCCUGUGGGAUCCACCUACGACCCAUAUCAGCAUGAAAUAGUCUGUCAUACUCCAGCAGAGGGAGUGGAGCCUGGCACCAUAGCUGUGGUGAAGCAAGACGGUUACAUGCUGCAUGGACGUACCAUUCGCCAUGCCCAUGUGGGUAUAGCUGUGAAGACACAGGAGCAGUGACAGGACCUUAGUUAAGUCCUGUCCCGCUUAGGUUUUUUUUAUACACUCUCUCUCUCUUAGUAUGUACGAUACCAUUGUUCUUACAUCUCUAGACAACUACAUGUUUGACUUACUCUUUGAAGUAAUGGUUAUUUAUAUGCAUUUAUAAUUUUUUUUCC